AUGGUCGGCGAUGCCAGCUCUCAGAAUCCCCUGGAAAGUCUCGAAAUGAUAUUCUCCGAGUCAACAAAGAAUGGGACUUGGCCUGGCGUGGUAGUUGCAGCAACAAACAGAAGUGGGAGUUUCCACUACGCAAACGCUUUCGGAAAAGACGAAUGUACCUCGGAAGGGAGGCCAUUCACCAUGAGCUCUAUCAUGGCUCUUGCAUCCAUGAGCAAAUUCAUGACCUCUAUUGCUGCUCUUCAGCUAAUAGAGAAAGGACUUGUUGAUCUUGAGACGGAUGUGUCAUCCUUGAUACCAACAUUGGCCCGUCAGGAGGUACUGUACGGCUGGGAUGCAGCAGGUCGACCGCUUACUCAACAACGAAAGAACCCAAUCACUCUCCGAAGUCUUUUAACCCACAGCAGUGGAACUGGCUACGAUAUGAGCAACCCCGAACUCGCCCGCUUCGCAGCUUACAAGGGACGAGAGGUCAAUUCUGGUACCACAAUCGACAAGCGAUUUGGCUACCCACUAGUUUUCGAGCCGGACACUGCAUGGGAGUACGGCACCGGAAUAGACUGGGUUGGACAACUCGUCGAGCGUUUGGCCCGUCAAACGCUAGAAAUCUAUAUGCAACGACAUAUUUGGGAGCCACUUGGUAUUUCGAGGAUGACUUUUUGGCCUUCUACCGUCAGCGGGAGAAUAGCACCGGUCAAAAUAUCUGUUCGAGACCAAGUCUCGGGAGGGUUCUCUGGGCUAAAGCAACCCUUCCUAACCGAAGGAGUGACGGACUGUUUUGGGGGACAAGGCGUGUACGGCUCAAUGGAAGACUUCCUAAAAGUGCUCCAUUCUAUUUUGGCUGAUGAUGGAAAGCUUCUCACAAGCCGGUCAGUCGAUAUGAUGUUCCAGCCGCAGCUUCUGCUACCUAGCCGAGAAGCCCUUCUGAAACGGGUCCGCAACUCCACGCCCGAAUCCUCCUUCAUUGGUAUAUUUGAUAAGUCUCUCUCAUAUGACUGGGGCCUGGGAGGCAUGCUUGCAAUGGAAAACGAACCGUCUGGGCGGAGAAGAAACACGCUGUUUUGGAGCGGCAUGCCUAACUUGUUCUGGGUAAGAAUCAAAUCAAGCUCUGGUUUCGCACGAUACUAA